AUGAUAUUAUGCCAGAUUGAAUUGCAGUUUGACAGAGUUCUUGCUUAUGGGAAAGUAAAUCCCACCCUGUUUGAAUUUCCUGCACACGUCAAGCGCAAGGACACAGAGAUUAAAGAUGUUGUGAAGAACCAUGUCCUUCCUUUUCUUCCUGCCAAAUCGCUCAUCAGGUUCAGAACCAUUUCCAAGGACUGGGAUAAAUGGAUCAGUAGUCCCUUUCUAGCCCAUGCGCAAAGUUAUUCUUUCCAGAAAGUAUCUGGAUUCUUCUGUCAGCCUGGCGACUGCACUCCCACUUUCAUAACACUCGAUCAACAUGCUUACGGGAUUCCUAGCACCUCCCUCGAGUUCUUGCCAGAACCCACUGUAAUUCGAAGCUCCUGCAAUGGAUUGCUUCUAUGCCAAGGCCAUGAUGGAGAAAAUGUUUACUACAUUUGCAACCCAGUGAACAAGGAAUGGAGGGUACUUCCCAGGCCAAAUUACUACCAUCAGUCUGAACCGGCCAUUGUACUAGCCUUUGAACCCUGGGAGCUCAACAUUGCAGCUCAUUUCGAGCUCAUUUGUGCCUUCCCUUUAAUUGACGUCCCAAUAGUUUAUUUUGAAAUUUACUCUUCAGAGAAAAGGUCUUGGAGAUGCUCUACUGCGAGCUGCAUUGAACUGGGUGAAUUGACCACGCUGAAAGGUGGGUUUUACAUGAAGGGAAUGGUAUAUUGGGAAACUUCAUCAGGUAAUGUACUUGCCUUUGAUAUGAAAAAUGAAAUUUGUGGAAUUUUGCCGCUCCCUUGUGUCAGCGGAGAGGGUGGAGUUUUGGCUCAAAGGCAGGGGGAGUUGUGUUAUGUUCAGGCACGUUAUCAGAAAGGGAAUGACUAUGCAAUAGCCAUAUAUGCGGGUAUGGAGAUGAGCCUGAAGCAUAAUAUUGCUGUGAAAAUCGAACGUGACCAGGGAGGAUUAACUCAUCAUCAGUGUCGAGCUUUGGCUUGUGUCAACGACGAUGUUGUGAUGAUUUUAGUUGGGAUGGUGGUGUAUUCUUAUCAUCUUAGAGAACAGAAAGUUGAAGUCAUUAGCAGGAGACAGGAUUUCGGGGGGAGGUACUUGCCAUAUGUGAAUAGCCUCGUGUUGUUGGCACCUGAGUACUAG